UCAAGAACCACAACACAGCUACUGUUUAAAACACCUCGGUAGCUUGCUAGCCAACAUGCAACCGAAACAUUGAAGCUCUUUAGACCACUUUUGUGAAUAUUAAUCUCGUUGUUUUAAAAACAGUUCUGUUGAGGUAUCUACUGGUUAACUUUAACGUAAUGUACUUGUUACAUUUGCACACUUGUUCUGAGCCUAGCACUCGGCUAGUCGCUAAUGCUAACUAGCUAGCUAACAUCCACAACCAUGAGCUCUUUAAGCUACUCGCCCCCAGCUAAAGAAGAGGCGAUAUGUUGGACGGAGAAAGAAUCUCUCGGCCUGAACGUUGUCAUAAAAGAAGAAGAGGAAGAUAUCUCAUUGAAAGUAGAGGAAGAAGCUUUCAGAAUUAAAAAGGAGGAAGAGGAGUCUAUCAGCAUCGCAUUGAAAGAGGAAGAUGUUGUAGUGAAAGAAGAGAAAGAACCAUUUGGAGUGGAAGAGGAGGCUCUUAUAUUAAAAGAGGAGUAUGAUGUUACAGUGAAGGAAGAGAAAGAACCCAUUAGAGUGAAGGUGGAAGAAGAGGAGGGGAUAGAGGCUGUCACAGUGGAAGAGGAGGAGGUAGAAGCUUCGAUAAUGAAAAAGGAGGAAGAGGCUAUCACAUUAAAAGAAGAGGAUAUUGUAAUGAAAUUAGAGAAAGAACCUUUUAGAGUGAAAGAGGAGGCUAUCUCAGUAAAAGAGGAGGAAGACAUUUUGGGAGUGAAAGAAGAGGAGGAAGGAGAGGAAGAGGAGACUGAAGAUCGGAUUAGCACCAGAGCGAGACCAGACUCCCACUCGGACAGAGGAAAGAGUACUUCAGGGCAACCAGACCCAAAGAUGGCCAAACCAGCGAGACCACACCACUGCUCCCAUUGUGGAAAGAGUUUUAUUAAUUUAAGGAGUCUAAAAGUUCAUCAAAGAGUACAUACAGGAGAAAAGCCUUACCACUGCUCACAGUGCGGAAAGAGUUUUACUCAGUUAGGGAAUCUGAAAAUGCAUGAGCGAAUACACACAGGAGAGAAGCCUUUCCACUGCUCCCUGUGUGGAAAGAGUUUUACCCAGUUAGCUGCCCUGAAAAUACAUGAGAGGACGCACACAGGAGCGAAGCAUUUUCACUGCACCCUGUGUGGAAAGAGUUUUACCCGGAUAGGGUCCCUGAAAACGCAUGAGCGAAUACACACAGGAGAGAAGCCUUUCCACUGCUCCCUGUGUGGAAAGCAUUUUACCCAGUUAGGGGCCCUGAAAACACAUGAGAGAACACACACUGGAGAGAAGAAUUUUCACUGCUCCUUGUGUAGAAAGAGUUUUACCCAGUUAGGGGCCCUGAGAAAACACGAGAGGACGCAUACAAGAGAGAAUCAUUUCCACUGCUCCCUGUGCGGAAAGACUUUUACCCAGUUAGGGUCCAUGAAAACGCAUGAGAUGACACACACUGGAGAGAAGCCAUAUCGCUGCUCCCAGUGUCAAAAUACCUUUUCCGUAUUAAGGGACCUGAAAUCACAUGAAAGAACCCACUUAGUAGAGAGGCAGAGGCCGUUCCAAUGCUCUCAGUGUGGAAAGAGAUUCAUCCAGUCAUCACAUCUGAAAGAUCACAUGACAACACACACAGGAGAAAAACCGUUCCAAUGCUCUCAGUGUGGAAAGGGUUUUACCAGGUUAAGCACACUAAAAACACACAAGAGUACACACAGGAGAUCAGCAUUUCCAAUGCUCCCAGUGUGAAAAGAAACGGUUAGAAAAUGCAUCCAUUAACAACAAUUGAUGGAUUUAUUAGGGGGAAAAGAUGCACCGAGUACGAGUACAACCCAGGGGGUAACGCGUUAAAGUGAAAAUCACUUGUUUCCAACGUGGUCCUCGAUGGAAUAAACUCAAUACAGACAAGACACAAGAUAAAUAUAUCUUCCUCCCAGUGUGGAAAGGUAUUUAUACAUAGUUAGGGAACCUGAAAGACCACGACGGAACACACACCGGGAAGAUACCGUACCACUGCUCCCAGUGUGGAAAGAGAUUUUUCACAUCUCAUAACACACAGUGCUCCCACACUGAGAAUGUGUGUUCCUGGGUUGGAUCGGUCAUGAACAUCUGGGAAAAGUCAUGAAUUUUUUGUUGUUGUGUUUUCAAAAAGUCAAUGGUACUUACUUUAACUUCUGUUAGCCAUUUAUUUAGGCAUAGUUUGUAAAUAUUUUAUUGAUCACAUACAAAUCACCAUAUCAACCAGGAUCAGAAUGCUUUAAUGCUGUGUGACCGCAUCACCUGCACGUACUCUGUGGAGUGGGCCUCAAGGGGAGAGAGACAGUAGCACUGUGGAGUGGGCCUCAAGUGCUGUUAGCAUUUAUUCAUGCUAGUUAACUGUUUAGCUGUUAGCAUUUAUUCAUGCUAGUUAACUGUUUAGCUGUUAGCAUUUAUUCAUGCUAGUUAACU